AUGUUCGAUCACUUAUUCGAUGCCGAUGCCUUCCACCGUCACCCCAUCCCACCAGCCUUCUCACGCACCAGUUACAUCGUGUCAGGUACAUCUCGCGUACAACUCCCCUCGUACAUUAGAGACCACCGACACGCCCACCCAAUGACACCUCACCACAACCACAAGCAUCACCCGCAUCCGGCCCGCCGCUACUCAAUCUACGCAGACCCCUCGCCCACCUCCUCAGACUUCGAUCAAACAGAAGACACUUACCUGCAAUCCGAAUCCGACUCCAGUCUCACCCACGUAAAGUACUCACCCCCUAGAAACCAAAACAACAGUAACAACAACGCCAAUAGCAUCAACAAUGUCAUUCCCCCUCUCCACCGCACAUCCUUCAAACUACCCCAUAACACAUUCGCUAACCUCCCAUCCACCCACACUUCCUCCUCCAUCCUUAUCUUACCUCCUACACUAACACCGCUGCACAUCCGCAUCGACACCCCAUCGUCUACACACCAGCUGCGCGCCACGGUGGCAGGCGAUAUGCGCUUCCGAGAUGUAGUAAGUCAGUUGGUGCAGCAAGGGCAGUAUGCAGACGUAAGGGCAAGUGUAAGGUUGAGGGGGGAGUGGCAGGAGCCUGGGUCUAAUGUGAGGAUUAGUGAGGUGGUACGGCAGUAUGCGACGAAUGAGCGGGGGGAGGUGGAGGUCAGGAUUGAGGUUGGGCGUGGAGGAGAGGGAGGAGGAGGACGAGAGGGAAGAAGGGGUGGUGGGUAUGUUGGGGGGACACGGGGGUUUAGGGCUUGGGAGAGGGAGACAGGGCAGGCGUGGGAGAUUAGGGAUUGA